CGUGACUGAUUGGGUGUAAUGGUGUAUAGCACGCGUGGGCAUGAGGAAAUGAAGAAGAAAUAGUGUGCGAGGAGAGAGGGGAAAGUGAAGCUAAGAAAGUCGGUUUAUGAUUUGUGAAAGAAGCUAAACUGAGGUGAAUUCUGUGCGCGGUUUCUACAUCCAUGUCUAACUACGGCAGAUACGAUCCCCAUUCGCCCUACGCUCCUUCGGCACCAUCCUUACCUGAAAACCACCCUCCCUAUUCCACUUCUUCUUCUUCCGCUGCUGCUCCUCCUCCUCCUUCAAAUUACCAAUAUGCCCCUCACACCGCUACUCCUCCUCCGCCACCUUCAACCUACAACACCUAUGGCACCACCGCUACUGCUGCUGCUGCCACUGCUUAUGAUCAUGGUUCCACCUACCACGGGGCUGGGACUGCCUAUGGCCAAGCUCCAUCAUCUGCGUAUCCUCCUCCUCCUUCGUCUUCACAUGGCUACUCCGCUUUCCCACCAGGGACGCACCCCGAUGUCGUUAGGAGCUUUCAGAUGGCCGACACAGAUCGAAGCGGCUUCAUCGAUGAGGCGGAGUUGCAGCGGGCUCUUUCUUCUGGAUACCAGAAAUUCAACAUUAGAACUAUCCGUCUCCUCAUCUUUCUCUUCAAGGAUCCUACUCAGCCUCCGAGAGUUGGGCCAAAGGAAUUUGCAGAAAUCUGGAAUUGCAUUGCUCAUUGGCGAGGCAUAUUUGAGAGAUAUGAUAAAGAUAGAAGUGGGAAGAUUGAUCCACUAGAGCUAAGAGAUGCUCUGUAUGGUAUUGGCUAUGCAAUACCAGGCACAGUUCUACAGCUGCUGCUUGCCCAGUAUGGUGAUGGAAAUGUUAAGAGGGUUGAACUCGGAUUUGAUAGUUUUGUUGAGUGUGGGGUAAUUAUCAAGGUAAAACACGCCAAGCUUUUUAAAGCUUUGAACCUGUCUCAUGUUUCUUUACUUAUUCCUUUACGUUUCCUAUUAAUUCCUUCCAUUGAUAGAGGGUCUGACUGAAAAGUUUAAGGAGAAGGACAAACGUUAUACUGGUUCAGCCAAACUUUCAUACGAUGAGUUUAUGGCUAUGGUCAUUCCAUUCCUUGUAGCAUAUGAUGAUUGAGAAGCUUGUGAUGUGCUGCUCUUCAAGAGUUGUUAGUUUUUCUUCUCCAAUAGAAUGUUUUACAAGUUUGAUAGUCGAGGAAUUUCUUAAAGGUGUAAUGCUUUGUUAUAUAGAUAUUGUUCGGAACAAGCUAGUUUCAGCUGUAAUAGUAUAAUAGAUUAUCCGCAAGUAUAAGUAAAAUCCUCUUGUAUAUUCGAAUUUUUUAUUUAUUUCAAAGUCAAUAUUAACUUAUUAACAUCAUUUCUAAUCGAAA